CUGGGCGGUUGGGGCGCGGGGGCACAGGGGAUGGGGCACCCGGGGCGUUAGCCGGCUGCCUGCCCUGGGCGUGCAGCGGACGUUUCCCGGCGCGGCCCGUGGGAUGGUGCGGGGAGGCAGGAAGCGCCGCCACAGCGCCUCGGUCGGAGCCUGGGUUCCGGGGGUGACGAGGCCCGGGAGCGGCGGGUCUGGCGCGCUGGCCGCCGGCCGGGCGAGCGGUCACAAUAGGAGGCGGCGGCCCGGCGAGGAGCCGCGGGAGCAGCCCCGCAGGGCGGAGCCUCCAUUCCCAGAUAUCUCCCGGGGCCAAUUCAGCACCUCUACCUGGCCAUCCUAACAAGGUGAUUUGUGAAAGGGUGAGACUUCAGAGCCUGUUCCCUCUCCUCCCAAGUGAUCAGAACACUACCGUUCAAGAGGAUGCCCACUUCAAAGCUUUCUUCCAGAGUGAAGAUAGUCCAAGUCCCAAGAGACAGCGCCUCUCUCAUUCAGUCUUUGACUAUACAACAGCAUCACCAGCUCCCUCACCACCAAUGCGACCAUGGGAGAUGACAUCAAAUAGGCAGCCCCCUUCAGUUCGACCAAACCAACAUCACUUCUCAGGGGAACGAUGCAACACACCUGCACGCAACAGAAGAAGUCCUCCUGUCAGGCGCCAGAGAGGAAGAAGGGAUCGUCUGUCUCGACAUAAUUCCAUUAGUCAGGAUGAAAACUAUCACCAUCUCCCUUAUGCACAGCAGCAAGCAAUAGAGGAACCUCGAGCCUUUCACCCCCCGAAUGUAUCUCCCCGUCUGUUACACCCUGCUGCUCAUCCACCCCAACAGAAUGCAGUAAUGGUUGAUAUACAUGAUCAGCUUCAUCAGGGCACUGUCCCUGUUUCUUACACAGUGACAACAGUGGCACCACAUGGGAUUCCACUCUGCACAGGCCAGCACAUCCCUGCUUGCAGCACACAACAAGUCCCAGGAUGCUCUGUGGUCUUCAGUGGGCAGCACCUCCCUGUCUGCAGUGUGCCUCCUCCAAUGCUUCAAGCAUGUUCAGUUCAGCACUUACCAGUACCAUAUGCUGCAUUCCCGCCCCUUAUUUCUAGUGAUCCAUUUCUUUUACAUCCUCCUCACCUUUCUCCCCAUCAUCCUCCUCAUUUGCCACCACCAGGCCAAUUUGUCCCUUUCCAAACACAGCAGUCACGUUCGCCUCUGCAAAGGAUAGAAAAUGAAGUGGAGCUCUUAGGAGAACAUCUACCUGUAGGAGGUUUUACUUACCCUCCAUCAGCUCAUCCCCCGACAUUACCUCCAUCAGCUCCGUUGCAAUUCUUAACACAUGAUCCUUUACAUCAAGAGGUGUCCUUUGGAGUACCUUAUCCUCCUUUUAUGCCUCGAAGACUCACAGGACGUAGUAGAUACCGAUCCCAGCAGCCUAUACCUCCUCCCCCUUACCAUCCCAGCUUACUACCAUAUGUGUUAUCCAUGCUUCCAGUGCCACCUACAGUGGGCCCAACUUUCAGCUUUGAAUUGGAUGUGGAAGAUGGAGAAGUAGAAAAUUACGAGGCCCUGUUAAAUCUGGCAGAGCGACUGGGAGAAGCUAAGCCUCGAGGACUGACUAAAGCGGAUAUUGAACAGCUCCCUUCUUACAGAUUCAACCCUAACAACCACCAGUCAGAACAGACUUUGUGUGUAGUAUGCAUGUGUGAUUUUGAGUCAAGGCAGCUACUUAGAGUUUUACCCUGUAACCAUGAGUUCCAUGCCAAGUGUGUUGACAAAUGGCUUAAGGCAAAUCGUACUUGCCCAAUUUGCCGAGCUGAUGCUUCAGAAGUUCAUCGGGAUUCAGAAUGACCCACCUAAAAGCACAAAUUUCAUUUGGGUGUUCCUCAUCACAUGUAUAUAUGGACUAUCCAUUGAACUUAAUCUGUGUGGCUUCCAGCCCUCCCUUUUUCAAAAGGGUCAAUGGACCUUUCUUUGCACUGUGUGACUUAAUCAACUAUAAAAGCUUACAAUUAGUCUUCACAAUUAUGGGAUUGUUAUACUAACCGUGUGACUGGAACUCCAAAGACUUUUUCUUUAGCUUAAUUUUGUGUGUGCACUAACAUUCCCUGGUUUUUGUGUGAUCAUUCCGAGUGUUGCUGCAAGAUUACAGUGGACGUGAUCUUUUAGCAUGUGCUUUUAUAAAAAGUGGUAGCUCCAGAUGAUAUAGCAAUCUACCUUAUAUAGAGCCUUCAGAAACUGUGAGUGGAAAUGAAUGCAGCGUAUGACUGUUGGUGAUAAAUGUGUCUCUGUGUGGGUGUAUGCAACUACUUGUGUGAGGGCAUGGUAGUAAAGUGUGUAUGAGAUCCUAUAUACCAGCAUGUACCAAGAAUGUGUGUGUAGUUUUAAUUAUGCUGCAAUGUAUAAUCUGGUGUGUUAUUUAAACAGCACUAGUACUGUACACUGGUUUUUCCCUUGUGUUUGCUGUUGCACACUGAUUGCUAAGGGUGCAUCGAUUAUAAGCAUUGAAUACUCCCGUCCCUUUCCUUCCCAAUGAAUGGAAUGAGAAAGCCUUCCUUCUUUGCUUCAGGCAGCUGUCACCUUCUCUUCUCAGUGGUCCCAAGCGGGUCACUUAAGAAAAAAGUGUAACAGAGUCUCACUCCAUGAACCUGAUUUUUUUAUUCAGUUAUGAAAAAAAUUUUUUAAUCUUCAACUUGCUGUUUUCCAAAAAGAAGGUGCAAUAUCAUACAUCAUCAGUUAGCAAUAUUAACAUUUCAAUCAAUGGUUUGAAUGUUGAUACUUUGUUUUUCCUUACAUUUCCAGUAAGCUUCUUGCAGGAAGCACUUGUGAUUAUUUUUUUUAAUGUUUUGAUUUGUAGUCUAUUCUGAAGAUAUAUGAGUAAUAUAUUUCUUAAAAUACCACUGGUCCCACAAAGUCUCAUCUCCUUGACUUCUGAUUUGUUGCCUUUGUUCAAGAGCCCAUAGGCAACUAAAUUGUUUUAAGUAAACUGUAUUUCUGUUUAUAAUUAUUGACUUAACAAGCUUCAAUUCUGAAAGUUGUCUAGUUGUUCAUCCCUCAGUAAAUGUGCUUCUCAUCAAAACCAUCAUUUCCAGGAUGGAUCAAAUGCUGUGACAGCUCAAGUUCCUUAGACCUGAUGUGCUUUGGUGUUUUACUGCUUUCCUUUUGUUUGAAUGAGAAAAAUUUAACAUAACAGGCGUACGGAAUACUUGCAGUAUAAAUGAAGAUUUGAUUUUUGUAUAAGAAAUAAUGCUGUAAAACAGGAAUUGACCUUCAUUUAGUUGACCUGAAAAUAAUACAUGGUUGUGUGGGGUUUUUUUUAAUAGGUUCAUUGACCAUUAUUGAGAUUAUUUAAAUUCAUUUUUCCAACAAUGUUUAGAUUUCUCUCAUUCUUUUAGUGUAUUCAGCAUUGUUUGCCUCUAUGCAGUUGAUAGCAUUGCUUCAUUUACAGUAGCACAAGCUGUGUAAUUUCAGUCAGAACUGUGACCACUUUCUUGCUGCCAGCCUCACUCAGCUUUCCGUUGGCUCUGUGUCAGCUUCUCAGACGGCGUUAACUGCCUGUCACUGCCAUGCUGCUUGCCUUCCCUUGAAGUUUAUAAGCUCAUCACAGUUUAGAGCUCAGUAAAAUCCAUUCACCAAGAAGCACAAUUUUGCCCUUUUCCAGACACUGUUGCCUCUUAUCUAGUCAAACAGGAUUUUGCAUUCUAUUCGUUCCUGUGUUUGUCAUUGCAUUAGAUACACAUCUAAAGAGUGGCAACAUGCACAUGUGACUUUUUUAAAGCAUUGGGGUCAUCCCUCACCUGUUCUUGAUGAAAAAAGUGUGUUAAUAGCCAAAAGUAUUGGCAUAUUAAUCAACUACAUUACAAAUCACGUAUAGUUUAAUCUUUAUUUUUUUAAUUAAAAAAUCAUGUUUAAAAUGGCAAAAGUCCAUCUUACACAUAGACUUUUAUAUAGCUGCAAAAAAAAUUUGUACAGAUCUAACAUAACACUACUACACUCAGUAUUCAUUUUAUUGAAGCAUGCAAGUAAAGCACUUUUUCUAAAUUAUAUAGAUCCCUUAUUAACAAGGCACAUUGUACUAAUGCUUAGGAAAAGUAGCUUUUUCCUCCCUUUGGGAAUGAAUUCUUACAGUAUUCCUUUUGCAGUAAAUUUUUGAGAGGCAGUUGGCAAUUUAGGAGGCUGCAGGGUCAAUUUUGGUAAAAAUCUAAAUUGUUGCACUCAUGACUGAUCUGUCUUGGGGGGCAUCUUUUAUUUGCAUGGCUCCCCAGGAUGUGUGCAGACUGACUGAAGUCAAGAUCCGUGGGUAUUAAGAGCACACGAUGUGAUCUAAGCCAGUUCAGACUGGCCACAAUUAAUCAGCGUUGUGGCAAGCAAAAGAGAACUUUGUGGCUAGUUGAUUCAUGCCCAGCUGUUGUCACCUUGGGUCAUGAGCCAGAUCGCAAGCAGAUGUUUUGUUGCCUUCGUCCUCUUUCCUUCUAAAACAAUAUUGGCUUUACCAUCUUAACUCUGCUGUGGGGUGUGUUUUGGAGGAGGUUUAUUUUUUGGUGGGGGGUGUUUUUGGACUUUUUCCCCCAUAAAAUAUCUGAUUUUCAUUUUGUUUUAGAAUUCCCUCACACACCACCACCACUACCCUAUCCCCUCCCCAAUCCUAAAAACAAAAAAAAGCAAGUCAAGGCCUCUGGGUAUCAGGAUCUCUCUAGGAAUUUUCUGUCCUGAUUUUGGUUUUUGAGCAAAACCUGGGAAAUGUUGAAAGCAUAUCUAGAUUUUAUGUACUCUGAAAUGUGAUUUGUUAAAGAUUCUUAAAUUGGGGCCUCAUAAUAUUUUGAAUGAGAUCUCAGUCACGUGAGAAUAUUUUUCACAGAUAUCUUUAGGCCUUCAAUAGAAAGUUAUUUUCUCCCCUGUUGGUACAUUUGGUUACCUCAUUUUGCUGUUUGAGAUUAUGAAAGCUUACAGGGGUAUCUUUUGGGAAUCAUUUGCUGAGUCAUUUCCUCAAAUCAUAUUCCACUGUAUCAGUUAACAUAGUUUUAAAUGUAUUAUAAAUAUCUGUAACCAAAUCAUUUGAAGGCUUGAUAAAUUUUUAACAAAGUUUGUACAUUUUUUAUGAAAGUUACUAGUAAUGCUUUACUAAGUAGUGCAAUGAAUUUUUAUUUUUAAUCCCUGUGCCCAAUUUUGGAGUUGAGAGGGUUGUUGGUAAUAAAUGUAUGAUGUACACUUAACCCUUUCGUUGUGUUUAAUGUCACUGUGUUAGGGAAGGGCAGGGCUUGUGUACCUGCAAUGCUGGAGGGGUAUUUCAUGGGAGUAUAGAAUUGAGCUACUAGAUGUUAGAUUUAAUUUUUAGGAUAUAAUUCGUACUUUGUUUAACUCUUUUAGCUCAUGAUUGAAUAGCAGAGAAAUCUAAGUGGAUAACUAGAUUUCUUUCUCUUUUUCUGGGGUGGUGGGUGUUGGACUACACCUGGCAGUCUCAGGGACUUCUUGGUGCGCAGGGAACCAUGCUGUGCCAAGAGCUCAAAAUCUAUGACUUCCAACAUGUAGAAACGUGCUCAAGCUAACCCUUUGAGUUAUCUCCCUGUCUUAUACAUUUCUUCCUGUAUGAACUAUGAGAUCUAGGAAAUGUACUUACUAUAAAUAAUUGGACCAUUUUGUCUUUAUUAAGUACUACUUAUGUCCAGCUCAUGUCCAUAUAUCAUAGAGGAGCCUCUGCUUGACAAUUUUUGUACGUUUAUAUUACCUUUUACUUAAAAAACAAGUGAUGGUGAUGAUAAAAAACAAUCUACGUAUAUGCUGAUUUGUAUAACCUGGAAAGUAGAGAUUUUAUACAACUGUGGCUAAAUAAUAAAUGCAAAUUCUCUUUUAGGAGGUAGUCAUGUUUUGGCUACGGGAAGGUGAUACCCUCACUUAAGUGCUCAACUGACAGUCAAAAAAGUGAAUUUUCCUAAUUGUUAUCAUAUUUAUAACUUACUCAAGAGUGUGUUAGAUUUUUUAACAUCUCAGAAAUCCCCAGACUUAGGCUACUUAUGCCAGAAGCCCUUGUUCUUUAUUUAAAACUUUUGAAUUCUCCUAUAGCAAGGCUGUUCUGACCUAUAGUACAGGCCAUGUGACAGUAGCUCACAUCUCUCUGCCACAAUGAUGACUGCCCAGUAUCCAUGUCAUGGACAGGAAGAGAUUUGCCCCAGGAAGCCACGGGGUCUCUAAGGAUAGAGGUCAAGGUCUCUAAGUUUCAGAAGCCCAUGAAGAUGGGAUACGAUGUAGAAUCUUGACUCGAUCUUUGUCAAAUUCUUAAGUUCUUUGUAAUCUUUAUUCCUUGGUAUAAUGCUAAUUAGAUAUUCCACAUCCUCUAGUGUUCCAGAUGUGCCCAUUAAAACUCCACUGACUACUGUUUUAUUAAAAAUUCACAAAACUG